GGGAAGUUCCCCUCUUGUUCGUUUAAAAAUGUGAAACAAAAUGGAAUGUUUUUUUCUGUCCGCUCUUUUAUCCAAAAGACCAAAAUAUAAUUUGUCUUGUCUUUCUCAUCGCAGCCUCAGUCAAAAAUAGGACCAAAGUGCGACUGAGCACGAUAUCACGGAGGCAGUCGUGGAGCAUCUUAAGCAUGCCCCUGGACGGUCUGGCGGUGGGGGUACAGGACUUUGGUAAAUAAUUAGGGACAUCCCCACAAAUACUUAUUUUGUGUGUGUGUGUGUGUGUGUGUGUGUGUGUGUGUGUGUGUGUGUGUGUGUGUGUGUGUGUGUGUGUGUGUGUGUGUGUGUGUGUGUGUGUGUUUCUUUUUUCUUUUUACAAAUUAUUUUUAUUGUAUAUAGUUUUUUUUUUCUUUUUGCAAUCAAUUUGCUAAUUUCAUUCGUAAAAACUUAUUCAGCAAUAAGACCCCCCCCCCCCCAUCAUGUGUUUGCUCAGCCCUGCUAAAUUCUUGUACAUUUUUUUUUGUUUUGAAAUUAUUUCAUUUAAGUGUAAUUGGUAUGUUAAAAAUAAAAUGUUUAAGAUAAUAAAUGUAAAUAAUUUCUUUCCAAAAUCCUUGUUUAAGGUAUUUAUCUGCAGUACACCUUUGACCUACCACCUUUGGCUUAUUGAGGAUGUUGGCCAGUGCUUACUUUGUAAAUCUAGACAAGGUGAGAAAUUGGCAAUAGCAUGGGCAGAAACAUUUUUUAUGCACAGAACAUUGGGCUUUCAAGCUAAAGGUCACGCAAGUAACUUUAUUUUUUUGCAAGUUACAAUGUCCGACUUGAUAGUGUUAAACAAAUAGUCUCUGGGAUAGAUACUGUGUAAUUUCCAAGUAGCCUGACCCAGCAGGUUAUACCUGCUCAAAUCACCUGGAAUGAUGUAAGCGCUGCCUGUGAUCCUAGAGGACAAAGAGCUGUCAGUUAGUCUCAGGUGGAGCUGCUGCUCAGGCUCUCUCACAGAAGGACUAAAACAGGAAUGUCAUGAAGAUAACGUGAAGGUGAGAAUCCCUGGUUUUAAAUGCUUUUCCUUUUCAUUUCUGUGACACAUAUAUUUGUGCCAUGUAGACAGAGCAAAAAUGAAAUGCUAUUAUGAUUUCAGGACAUUCAAACUUUGUAAAAACAAAAUAGAUAAAUAAGAAGGUAAAAUAUUUACCUUGGCUGAAAUGUUAAACUGACAAUGCCAACAUGACUUGAUGGAUGGUUAUGGAGUUGCUUUAACUGGAUGUUUGCUUUCUAGGGGUGACAGUGUGUGGGGUGCCAAAGCCUGCCCUCUUCACAAGGAUUUUGUCUGGAUGUCUCCAUGAGCAGCACUUGGAGUCAUGACAGAGUUUUGGUUGAUUUCUGUCCCUUUGGACAAGACCAGUUUAACCAGUGUAGACAAACUGAAACGGACAAUGGCCAAAACCAACCUUGCCUCCUGCUGCAGGUUCUCCAUCCCAGAGCUGAAGGUAAGAUUAUGCGCUUCUUGUUUUUCUGAGGGGCCUGAGAGACCUAAAGUAGAGUAAAUAUUUGCAUGAGAGCUAGACACAAAACGGUUUCAUCCUUAAAACAAUGAGGAAGACAAAUGUUUGUGUAUGCUAGUUUUGUACAGUAUAGUGCAGCUGAGGAGACUGAUGGUGUUUGGUGUCCUUCUCUGGUGAAGGUGCACGGGCUCAGGUUGCUCUCUACAGUUUGAGGCAAAAUUUCCACCUGACCCAUUUCACUCAACGUGAUCCAAGCUCACCUGCUCACAUUUUAACAGCAGGCUUUUCACCCGUUGGAAAUUCUGAACAGUAAAACCGUUCACACUGAGUUAUGAAAUGUCGUAUGUCGGUGCCCUGGGUUUCAUUCUAAAAAAGUCAGUACAUGCAUAAGUGUUGUUUGUGUGACAAGAGCUCUCUGUGAUGUGAAAUCGAUGAUACAGUAACACUAACUGUGCUGUCUGUGCUGUGACCUCAGGUGGGAAUAUUGGACAGUCUACUCAGCGUGUCAGAUGAUCUUUCCAGGCUUGACACACUGACUGAGAGGUAAAAAAAAAAAAAAAAAAAUCAUGAUGAUGAAGAAAAGUGAAAACGUUGCUUGUGCUCUGUUGAAACUUUCCUGUCUUAGUGGUUAGUUUGUGUUCGUAGCUCAGGAUGCACAUCAGUCUUUAAAUAAGACUUGCAGCUCUGAGCUUGUCUGCAGUCUGCACCAUGAUUAAUUGAUGGUCAGGAGUCACUGAUGGGUUGUUUUCACUCCUAAUUUUAAAUUUAUUGUUGGUAUAUUUGAGCUGGAGAGCUUUAAGAGGGGACUUUUGAGCAUAUUUGCAACAUGAUUUCCAAACGUGGAUAAACCUCAAAGACCUCCCCUCGUAUUUCGUCUUUUUAUUUUUUUAAUUUUGAUAAACUGCUGUCUGAAUCUGUCUUCAGCUAUAGGCUUGCACCUAAAUGGAUCAACUUGUUCAACAUUAAUAGUUUAUUGUAGGCAUUGUCAGUAUCAGCGUUGCAUGAGUUUGAAGAAAUUGUUUGAAAUGUAUGGCGUCAAAUAUGUGAAAAUUCAGAUUUUUUUUUUUCUUCUUGUUAUCCGGUCAGUGUGAUUAAAAAAACUCAUCAGUGUUUAAGGGAGGUGAUGGAGCAGUCAGAUGACAAAGUGCUGGAAAAUGCCUUAGCCAAUGGAGGUGAGUCACACACACACACACACACACACACACACACACACACACACACACACACACACACACACACACACACGCACACACACACACACACACACAGACGCUGAGGGUGUUAAUUACAGCGUAUAGAAACUCAUUCAGUAAGUGCACAGAAGCCUUAAGCUACAUUGAAAUGCUAAUGCACUAAGCACUACUGAAAGACAGCUCCGUAUGCAUGUGUACACACCAACAUCCGCUCCCAAAACACUUAACCCUUUACUUGUAUUAGCCUCCCAGGAAAGAUCAACUCAAACGACGCUAACCCAACUUCUCCUUCUCUGAUGACUCUCUAUCAGACCACAGCAUGACUCAGAGAGCCGUCCUGUCCCCCCUGAAAGCUUACCUCAAGUCUCUGAGGGGUAUUUCAUCCGCUGAAGUUUGCUCUUUGAGCUGCUGUGUGAUUCCUUACAUGAGGCAUGCAUGGUUUUCUGGCAAGGCUGCACCUAUAAUCAAAGUGUAAUCACAAAUUUACUUCAGCACAGUGUAAUAUCCCUAUGAAACCACGUGAUAUGCAACUUUUUUUAUUUUUUUUUUAUAAUGAUGAUGUUUGUAAUAAACUAGCAACCAAGCUGCCAAAACUUUAGUGUAAUAAAUACAGAGCAACAUUUUUGAUGAAGGGAAAUCAGCAAUGUAAACUUCAUGGUAAAAGUUAAAGAUAAAUUUUGUCACAAACUUGUUUUCACUAGAAAAAAAAUAAAAUAAUUUACUGUAAGCCUAACAACAAAUAACCUAAUUUCAGUCAUAACAUAACUUUGACAUAACAUAAACUUUACAGAAUUUUUCUGUAGGUCAUACAAUCGACGGUACAUUUCUGUAAUGUUGUAAUGAAUGCAAAAGAUGCAGCAUUUGCAAGUAAUUAUUUUACAGUAUUCUUCCAUUUUUAAACAGUAUCAGUGUUUUUAACAGUAAAUUAAUGUGGUUUUUUUUACAGCCAAAAGAUGUCUAUUUUACUGUGACAAAAAAACUCCUCUAACUUGUUUUUUCUUUUUUUCUUCAUUUACAGUCUUUUAUUGACGGGGUAUAAAGUUUUUUUUUACCGUUGAAUCUACAGACAGUUAUUUUCUGCGCAAAAUAGUCAUACUCAGAUAUAACAUCGUGAUUUUGAUUUUUAAUGUGAAAUACAAAUUGUAAUGCAAAAAAAAUGUAUAUAUAUAUAAAGAACAUGUUGAAUUAACCGUUAAAUAAUAUGGGUGCAGCACCAGAUGUCAAUCUUAUUGUGGUAUGGUUGUGUGUAUGUGUUUGUGUUUUUUAUUUUUAUUCCUCACUUAAACUAUGAACUUCUAUCUGUUUUCUGAUUUUUUGAUUUUUUUUUAGUGGAUCUUAUGAGCUACAUGACCAAGUUUCAAUGGGACAAAGCCAAGUACCCCACAGCCCUGCCUCUGUCCAGCCUGGCAGAUAUCAUCAAUAAGGUACAGACAUGUUCAUAUCAAAUUUAUGAAUUUUUGAAUAUUCACAUUUGAUUGUGAUAUUGUUGCCUUUAGAGCUACACACUGCAGUACAGGGAAAUAUAUACAAAUAGACAAACAAUUAUAAAAAGCCAGCUGCAGUCACAGAAAACACAACAGAACACUGUUUUCCAAAUUAAAAGAAAAGUAAUUAAUAGAUAUGUGAUCAAGGUGAUCUUUUAUCUAGUUAUGAAUCAUACUUGAAGUUCCUUUAAGAAACUUUUGAUUUGCAUGUAUUUCAGUGCCCCCUUGUGGACAGAGCAGCCUUUACUUUGUCAACAUGUGAAAAAGUUUCUGUUUUCGCUAUUUAUUUUGGUAUGCGCACAUAAAGAGUAUGAAUAGAGUGUGAUUGAACAUUUAUGCUCAUGAAAUGUUUUAGCUGGUUUCAAGGUUUUCACACGCACUUCCAACAGGAAGUCUCCCAGAUGGAGACAGAGCUAAAAUCCCGAGCUGUGGUUUACAACAAUGCAAAAAUGAGCCUGCAGAGCUUUGAGCACAAAAUAAAGUGAGUAAUCUCAGAUUGAGGCAAAUUACAUCUUCAUGAUUGUAUCCACUGUGAAAUAAAGAUCUGGAGGGUCUGUCUUUGCAGCGGGAGUUUACAAACUCGCAGUCUGAGUGAUGUAGUAAAGAAAGAAGACCUAGUGGUGUCAGAGUAUCUCACUACUCUACUGGUCAUGGUCAGCAGGUCAGUUACACAUACACACUGACCGCUUUUCUUACUUUAUUACAUCAAACAAGUUUGUGAUAAAAAUUAUCUGUGAAUGUUUAUUGUUGAUCAGAGGAAGCUACCUGCAGUGGGAGAGGACUUAUGAAUCUCUGUCACAGUUUGUGGUUCCUCGCUCCAGCAGGUGAGCUCUCUUUAAGCACUAUCUGGGCUGUAAGUGAAGACACUCCACCUGAUCAGGGUGCAAGUGCACCUAGAGUCCUGUUCUCAGCAUCCAAAAGGUCAGGCUCAGCGACAACAGGUGUUUUGUUACCAGCAGAAAGUAAGAGUACAUGUAUCCUGGCUUAGCAGGACAGAGGCACAUUUGAAACAUCUGAAAGCUUCAUGUUGUCAUGCCAAAACUUGCAGCAUGCAUAAGCAGGAAAAUAUAAGGAGAGUACCAUGAUAGCUGCAGUCUUGGGCCAACAGACUUGGUCUCCAUAAUUCUAACUGUAUCUGACUGCACUUUUUUUUGCCUGAAAACGCAAGAAACUGAUGCAGUAGGGCAGUUUUGCUGCAUUUAAGACCACCACAGCAGAACCAAAUUAAAGAAAAAUAGAUAACGAUUGCAAUAUGGACGCUUGAUGUAUCUAUUUUGGUGCCCAAAACUACUGUGGGAUGCCAAAUGGUGCCGAAUCAGCUUCAGUUGACAUUGUACAGUCAACAGAAAACAGGGAGAUAUACUUUUGACGGAAAACAUAACUUGUGCACAUACAGGACAAAAAAGCCACAGAUAUGAUGUAUCACUUUGUCCACAGGGGGCGCCAAACCUGGCACAUACUAACAGUCCCCUGUCAGAGCUUUAAUGAUAUUGAAUAUAAAAUAUAUCAACUUUUCUUUCUUUCAAAAAGUUUGAUAAAAAAAACAAAAGUUUUAUAAGUGUUGUCAGACGACCUUGCGCAUGUUUGACAGUCUUAUCUCAAGGAUUGUGGGCUGUAAAGUUUGCAAUCACUUCCCGUAUCUAAACUCAAUACGACCAAAGUGCUUUCUUGUUUCACUUCUUAUUUUUAUGCUUGUUGCUUAAACUUUCAUUUGUAUGAUACCCUCAGGAAGCUGUACGAGGACAAGGAGGGAGGCAUUUUCUCUGUCACACUCUUCAAAAGAGCAGUGUGUGAAUUCAAAGCCAAAGCCCAGGAGAGCAAGUAAGCAGGAUGGAUUGACAGAGAGUUCUCUAUCAAUUCAAAGCUGUGUUAUCUGUGUCAGAUUGACCAAAGUGUAGCCUCUGAUCCACACAGGUUCAGCGUGCGCGAGUACAGCUUUGAUUUGGAGGAGAGGAAGCAGCAGGAGAUGAAGCAGCUCAGCAUUCACAAGAAGGAACAAUAUGUGAGUCAAACCUGGUGUGCUGUCUGAGUAUUUAACCAAAUCCAAGAAAUAAUGAGGUAAAUCUGUAACAGAGUCACAUAAAUAUGUAGACUAAAAAGACAAAUUAAUGAAGUGAUCACAUUUAUACCCCAAAAGUAUGCAAAAGAGCAAAGGUUGGCUUUAUCUAAGAUGCCGAACAAAAAGGAACCUGGACGAGACUGUACUCUAUUUACAAAGACUUGAUGUAAAGAUGGGAUCAGACUGAGCCCAAUCUUGUAAGAUCAGACCCACUCCUAUCCCAUCUUCAACCACAUGAGUGAAACACUUUACAACAUUUAUGAAGCUACAGUGGAGAGGAAGAACUUCCUUUAACAGGCAGAAACCUCGAGCAGAACCAGACUGAUGUUAGACAGUCAUCUGCUGAGACUGAGCUGGAGCUUAAGAGAGGGGAAAGAGGAAGAUGGAAAGCAGUUAGGCAUAUGUCUGCAGCAGUAAUCCAGAGGAACCUGUGACAUGAUGGAGCACAGGGACUUUCAGAAAAGACUGAGAACUAGAGACUCUGAUGGGACAUGAUGAUUCAAAGUUCAUGAUACAGGCAGAUAAAGGAGGGAAAGCUGCUGAAUGUGCCAAUACUCCUGGGAGUCUAUGCCACAACUAUGAGCUGGCCUAGAGGGAGGCGAAGUGUUUGACCUUUGCUGCAGCAAGUCAUUUGGGAAUAUUUUUUGAGUCAAAUGCUGAUUUUUGUUAACUAUCUUUGUCUCAUAUUACCAAUUCUGCAAGAAAGAGCGGCAUUUGUCUUCAUUCUGUCUACAGUCUUAUGAUUCUUUGACCCAAAGUCAGCAAAUAGAGACUUUACUCUUUUUAUACAUCUUGGGCUGGUGACAGCAAAUUAUAUCUUUAAAUCAGAAGCAUUGGAACCAAACAACAAUGCCAUCAGCAUACCUUUUUUUUUUUUACACCAGUGUGUACAGAGACUAUACAGUAUUAGACUCCUACCUCAGCCCUCUGCUUUGUGCCUUACCCAGUUCCUGGGGAGUUUGUUUAGAUAUGUGUUAGUGCUGAGGUGUUUUACAUCAUGUCUCCUCUACAGGGGAUCUUUGUACGCUGGCUGAAGGUGAAUUUCAGUGAGGUCUUCGUCGCCUGGAUUCACUUAAAAGCUUUGAGGGUGUUUGUGGAAUCAGUCCUCAGGUUAGAGAUUCAAACAUGACGAUUUCUUUUGUCAUUAACACAAAAUACUGUAACUAUGAGAAAAGUACUCAUCAUGAUGUAUUCAUCAGGUAUGGGUUGCCUGUGAACUAUCAGGCCCUCCUGCUGCAGGUGGACAGGAAACGGUCAAAAAAACUGAGAGAUGUUCUCUCUUCACUGUUCAUGCAUCUGGACCCCACCGCCCCUGCUGGCAAGACAGAGGUAUUAUUGAAGCUUCAUGUUUCAUCUCUUGGUCUUUUUACACCUUCUCUAAAAUGCAAAAUCAUUAGAAAACAUUUUUACACACACUUCUACGCUUCAGUGAUCCCUCUGUUGUCAUGGUACUUGAACCUAUAAGAGAGACGGUCAAUAUUGCAUCAGGAUUAAAACGAAAAACCAUGUGCCGUGGUUGGAUAAAAAUCCAACCCUCUGCUGACUGACUAAUGCCUUUGACUGAAUUUGUCACUGUCACAACCAGGGCGCCGUUUAUAGCAUUGUUAAGUGCAAACCAACAAAAUCCUUAGCAGGGGCUGCAGCCAUGUGCCACUAAACAACACGAACUCAGAAAUGAGGAACUUUUUUUUUUUUUUUAUUAAUUAUCCCAUCUAAACAAAGUUGACAGACUGGUUUAAAGUCAAUGCAGUCAGUGUUUUUCCCAAACUCACAAAGCUGGUACAUCAGUAUCUUUGCAUACCAGAGAAGAACUUGAUUAAUCCCCGAAGCGAUACAUUUUUUGUGUCAAAUGAUUAUUUUUGUAAACUAUCUAUGUGUUAUAUCACCACGCAGUAUCAUAACUUUGAGAAUCAAUCCAGUACAAUUCAGUACAUCCCCACACACUACUACGAAUUUUAUCAAUUGAGUUGCUGUGGAAACUUAAAAUUAUUUUUUCUUAACAGGUAAAUGACAGUUUACAGUUAUUUUUCCUCAUAAAUCAAUCGAGAAAGUUGCUCAAGUUUUGCAGUCUUGGGGGCCCAGUAGUCAAGGUGCAUACCCUUUAUACAGGCAGCCUGAUUUCUUUGCCUGUUUCCUGCUUCGUCAACAUUCCUGUUUUCUCUAGUAAAGACCCCCAAAAGCCUCAAAAUGAAUUAAAAAAGGCAUUUUUAAAAGAGAAUUUAAGAGCGGUGGAAACAGCUUGAUACUAGACUCUUAACUGUCCCUGGUGAAUGGUUUAUACUGAUAAGUGCUCGACAUAACAGCUCCUGCCAUCAGUGUAUGAACGUGGUGUGAAUGGGUGAAUGGUGUUUGUAGUGUAAAGCUCUUUGAGUGGCAAAGGGUCCAGAGAAAACACAGUAUAGACACAGUCUACUCAUCAUUUAUUGGCUGCUUUUAGUACAAAUGGGUUUGUUUUAUGACAGAUUGUUCUAGCGCGAUCUCAUGGCUUGUUUGAUUUAUUGCGUGUUUUAAUAGUUUAGAUCCAACCAAAGCCAAUACAGCAAACAAAGUCUCCAAUUAAAGCAGCAGUGGACCAACAGCAGCGCCUUUAUUUCAAAGGUCAAAGGUCAAAUCUUACUUUUAUUGUACCCUCAGGUAAAUUUUGUUUACAGUGAAUCACAUGUAUGUCAGUAGACGAACACACAGCACAGAACAUACAUAUAAAGUGACAACAGUGCUCGGGGGUAAGAGAUUAAAAUUCAUCAAAUAAUCAAAUCAGGCCAAAUAAAACUCAGUAAAACCAAAUAAAAACCAAAAUGAAACCCAACUGCUCUCAAGGUUUCUUCCCCUUGUUAAUGUGCCUGAUGGCUGAUGGAAUAAAACCUUUUUUGUACAGCUUGGUUUUACAGGCUGGUAACUUGAGUCUCCUGCAUGAUGGGAGCUGCUGAAACUCAGCUAUUUGGUGGUAAAGACAGAUGACUGUUUUUUGUCAAGCCCGACUGCUGUUUUACAAGAAGGUCCACCUCUACAGGGAUUUUAGCAAAUACUUUUAAGAAUAUUCACGUCAGUGUCUGAACACACAUGCUGCUUUUUAAAAAUGACAUCUGACUCUUGCAAAUCCCUCCCUGCACUUGGCAGUCCACAGUGAGACAGAUGAGACUGCAGGCUACCAUGCAUUAUGCAAAUAAACCUCAGGUGAAUAAGACUCUUCUGCACAAAAUAACAACCUGCCAGUUAGAAUAAGUUCAUUUGAAUGCUGCACAAAAGAGAAAAACACACAUGCAGGGCAUAGAUUGUUUUCACUGAUGCCACACUGCUGUUUGUGUUUUUUCUGUCCGUCUCCACCUGAUAGGUGAGCUUUGACAUCCCAGGACUGUGUCAGCAGGAGUACUCCUCUGUCAUCUGCUUCAAUAUCAACACCAACCUGCUGGAGAUCAGCUAGCAGAGAGAGGUCGCACACAAUGACCAAAAGAAUGAGGGGACUGAUACUCCUGCUCGAACAGUUCCAGUACAGUCAGAAGUGGGAACAUUAGGACCCUCGACAAGUGGAGAAUUUAUCCAAAAAUAUCUCGGUUUCAACAUUUCUUGUGGGCCGGGUAAAAACAUGGAGCUUCCCUCGGACAGUGGUGUAAAUAAUCUGUGAAGAGUGGAUGACUUUUGGUGUUCUUUACCAAAAUAAGAGCAGUGCAUGGAGAUGUGCUGCACACUGAACUGUGGAAAUAUUUAAGAAAAAUUCUGUAAAUAUGUAAGUCAGUGUAAAGCUUAGAUGUUUAAAGUUGUUUUCCCUCCAAGUCCACAGGCCAUCCUGGAAUAAUGAAGCACAUUUCUGCUCUGUUGGAUCACAAUUUAUUUAACUGUAUAGGCUUCUCUAUGAAGGCAAUCAGAUCCCCCACGCAAUUAAAGCUACUGACACCCUGAUUUAA